GGCCGUUCAGCAAAGCCGUUAAAGCUACUUGUCAUUUAACGAGCUUUAGCCAGCGUUUGCCACAUUGGAUGCUGUCAAUAGUCAUGAGUGUGUUGGUGGCGAGCGUGUUGAUGCCGCACUUGAGCGAGGCUUCCACACUGGAGAUCUACAAGAAUGCGCGACUCGGCCAUCGCAUUGUACAGACCCGUUAUGGGCGUCUACAUGGUCUGAUUUUGCCGUUGGACAAUUUUCGCUUUCUGCGCUCGGUGGAGGUGUUUCUCGGCGUGCCAUAUGCGACGCCACCGACCAAACAAAACCGGUUUAGUCCGACACGUGCGCCUGCACCAUGGGACGGCAUACGCAUUUCGGACAAAUACAGUCCGGUUUGUCCGCAACGCUUGCCGAAUAUACAAAACGAGACGGCGGCGUUGGAGAAAAUGCCCAAAGGACGACUAGAGUAUCUAAAAAGGUUGCUGCCGUAUUUGGAAAAUCAAUCAGAAGACUGCCUCUACUUGAAUAUAUUCUCGCCAAAUAAUGCGGGCGCCAACGAAAAGAAAUUGCCCGUAAUUGUGUUCAUACACGGCGAAUCGUUCGAGUGGAGCAGCGGAAAUCCUUACGACGGCAGCGUGUUGGCGAGCUACGGCGAAGUGGUCGUUGUAACGCUUAAUUACCGCUUAGGAAUUCUCGGCUUCCUGAACGCCAACCCGAAUCCGCAGGCACACGCGCGUGUUGCUAAUUACGGGCUCAUGGAUCAAAUGGCCGCGCUGCAUUGGAUACAGCAGAAUAUACAGAAAUUCGGUGGCGACCCGAAUACGGUCACCUUGGCGGGGCAUGGCACUGGCGCCGCAUGUAUCAACUUCCUCAUGACCUCGCCGACCAUGGUGCGUGGUCUCUUCCAUCGCGCCAUACUCAUGUCCGGUUCGGCGUACUCGUCGUGGGCGCUGGUUGAGGAUCCCGUGUCAUUUGCCAUCAAGCUGGCCAAGGAGGUGAACUGUUCGAUACCGGAGGAUUUGAAUAAACACCACGAGCAGAUAGUCGAUUGCUUGCGCGAUGUGCCGUUGGAGGAUUUGUAUGCGGCAGACAUACAAGCGCCGAGCUUUCUGACAUCCUUCGGACCAUCGGUUGAUGGCGUCGUUAUACGACCCGGACACUCCAAUUUCGAUAUCGAUGAUUUAAUGAUGCGCAGCGCCAAGCGCGCCUCAGCAGAUGGCGUCGGCGGCAAUGGCAACGGCUUCUUUGGUGGCGGCGCUUACACAGGUGGCCCCGGCGGCGGUGGCAGCAGCUUUGGUGGUGGCGGUGGCGGCGCUUCUGCCGGUGGAGGCAGCGCCAAURGCGGCGGCGGUUCUGCAGGUGGCGUUUACUACAGCGCGUUAACGGCGAACUACGCGAGCAUGAGCAGCGGCGCUAACCUCGGUUUGGGCGGCAAUGGCGCGCACUAUGAUGUGCUCUUCGGCGUGGUGACCGGCGAGUCCAUAUGGCGUUUCAGCGCACACGACAUCCAGAACGGCUUUGAGGGCGAACGGCGCGAUAAGAUUAUUCGCACUUACGUACGGAAUGCCUACAAUUAUCAUCUCAAUGAGAUCUUCUACACGAUCGUUAACGAGUAUACCGACUGGGAUCGUACGUCGCAGCAUCCGAUUAAUACACGCGACACCGCUGUGGCAGCGUUGUCGGAUGCGCAAUUCGUAGCGCCCAUCAUACGCACCGGUGACCAAUUGGCCGCCAAUUCGCCGCCGCCCAUAUCGACCAGCAGCAGCACAGGUGGCGGCACGUCUUCAGCGUCGACCGCUGCCGGUGCACAAUCGGGACGUUGUUACUUCUACGUUUUCGACUACCAGACGAAGGACGGUGAUUAUCCGCAACGCAUGGGCACGGUGCAUGGCGAGGAUUUGCCCUAUAUAUUUGGUGCGCCGCUCGUGGAUGGCUUUAGCCAUUUCCCACAGAACUAUACGAAGUCGGAGAUAGCGCUGUCCGAGGCGGUGAUAAUAUUUUGGACAAAUUUCGCCAGAACUGGCAAUCCCAAUGAGCAUCAUCGCCAAGACUCCGUGCUACCCGCCUCCAAGGAGCGGAAUCGCUUCCGCAGCACCAUUUGGGAAAAUUAUGAUCCGCUGCAUCAAAAGUAUCUCGAAAUCGGCAUGAAGCCACGCAUCAAGAACCAUUUCCGCGCACACCAGCUCUCGAUUUGGCUGCGCCUCAUACCCGAGCUGCAUCGCGCCGGCAUGGAGGAUGUCAUUACGCGUCACAAUUUAUUUAAAAAUCAUGAUGACAUGAACUUGUAUGAAGGGCCCGUGAAACCGGAUCCCUUCGCUUCGACGCGCCUGCUACUCAUCGACGAUGCGCUGCUGCGUAAGGCUGGACGUGGYGGCAAUCUGACAGGCAGCUACAUAAGCGGCGUCUUGGGCGUGACCACCGUAGAGCCGAAUAUGUUUACAACAUGCAUACCCGUCGGUGGCAAUUACACACCCGGUGCUGGCGCAGCCACAAGUGGUGCCUUCGCUCCCAACACGCUGGCCAACUCAUCGACCGACUCACUGUCCUCUGGAUUUGAGGCAGCCGGCUAUGCGGCAUACUCCACCGCACUUAGCGUUACCAUCGCCAUCGGUUGCAGUCUGCUCAUCCUCAACGUGCUCAUAUUCGCUGGUGUCUACUAUCAGCGCGACAAAACGCGGCUGGAGGUGAAGACUUUGCAGAAACAAUACCAGCAGCGCAGCAUGCACCAACAAGUGCCCUAUCCGCCCGAUCCCAUCAAGCACGCACACUACCACAUGGGCCAUUCGCAGAGUGCAAAUGUUAUUGUAGAUGUGGAGAAUCAUGGCGGCGAUCCRGGCGCUAUGCUACUGGCGGCCGCGGCGGCAGCCGCAAAUGCAGCGGAUGUGAAGCCACCGCCAUCGCAUAUUUGCGCCAACACCGGCAUGCAGAUGGGCGCMUCAGUGCAACAACAACAAGCUGGUGGCAGCAGUAUUGACCUCUGUGGCAUAGCCUCCUCGGCCGCCAAGCARCAGCAGCAACAGCAACAGCAACAAGGCGGCUCAAUUAUGGUCAGCGGGUCGCCAGACAUAUCCGGCGGGCUAAUGGGCAGUGGUGGCAACUGCAACGUGACUUAUAGCACGACAACUAAACAGCAGCAUCAGCAACAACAACAACAACAACAACAGCAGCAACAACACAUGCAACAACAGCAGCAACAGCUUCAACGAGAGCACAUGCAAAUCAAAGGCAUGAAUACGCAAACAUUCGGACGCAUCGCUACAAGCGGCGGUGGCAGCGGUGGAGGUGGCRGCGCAGUCACAAUGACCAGCAAUAUCGCGUACAAUGCCGGCAUGAUGACGCUCCCUAAGGCCAGCGCAUUACAYCACACGAACUCCGUGAACUACGGACGCAAUCCAGGUGCGGGUGGAGGCGGAGGUGGUGGCAACUCUGGCAAUAGCGGUGGCACUAACAUAACGGCGGCGCUGCUGGACUCCCGAGGCAAUAUAUUGCUAACUAGUGGCGCAGGUGUCUCCAUGGGUGAUUGCAUGACAUUGCCCAGGAAUCUCGCUGCCUCUGCAGCACGGCAUGGCACCGUGACAGACACUCAACAGCAGCAGCAACAACAGUAUCAACAACAGCAACAAGUCGGCGGUAAGCAUCAACCAAAUGGCAGCGUCAUGACUGGUGUGAGUGCGCAGCAGCAACAUAUACGAGCGCCGCGCCCACCAAUACGCACAGCCUCCUCUGCGCCCACCAGUGGCAGUGGCAGCGGCAGCGGAGGGGGCGUCAACAGCAGCGGCGGCGUAGUAGUUAGCGGCAAUGCGGCCAUUUUGAACAAUCUCAUCGAUCAGACGCCAUCAAACGGUAGCAGUAGCAGCGGCGUCAGCAGCGCGCCCUCCAGUAAAGGUCACUCACAUCAUCACCUGCAUGCGCAUGCGCACGCGAACGCUAUGGCCGACAGCAUCGGUCUGACGACCACAACGUCAAGCGGUAGCGGUGGCGCCGGCGGCGGCGCCGGUGGCAACAGCAUACAUUCGCAACAACAAGUGCCACAGGCGGCAAUCGAUGAGAUGCGUGUCUGAUAGGUGUCGGUGUUCGAGCUGGAAUUAUAGUCUUCUUGCUCAAGUGAUAAGCUGAAUACGGACAUGCACGAAGAGGAUUUCACCGCAAAUGAACAGGUCGAAAAGGAAGAAGAGGUAGACAUAUACGGCCAAGCACAACCAUUCUGCCAGCAAUCGAUCGCUCUGCAACGCCUGCAAUUCGCGCAUUCGGCAUCGAUGGUGUCUGUAGCAUCAAUGUCACCGGCCACAACGCCACCGCUUCCAAUGCUGUCGCCAAAUCAAGCUGCCGCCGCAUCAGCAAAAGUAUUAAAUAAGCAACAGAAACAAC